GCCAACUUCAUGAACAACAUCUCAAAACACAAUUGUCAUUCCCGGCUGCUGAAUUUUUGCAAACAUUUUUUUCGGGAUUUUAAAUAGAAAAUAAAGAAAAAUUAAAUAAAAUGGAAACUAUUUUGGGUAUACGCGGUCCUGACUUUGUUAUGGUAUCUGCCGAUACAACACAAGCAAGAUCUAUUAUUGUCAUGAAAGAAGAUGAAAAUAAAAUACACAAAAUUGCUGAUAAUUUGAUGAUAGCAACAAUUGGCGAAUCCGGUGAUACUGUACAGUUUACAGAAUUUAUUUCGAAAAAUAUUGCUUUGUAUAAAAUGCGCAAUGGUUAUGAUUUGAGUCCCAAGUGUGCUGCUCAUUUUACGCGUAAAAAUCUGGCGGAUUAUUUAAGAUCACGCACUCCCUAUCAAGUUAAUAUGUUUUUGGCUGGCUAUGAUCCCAAAGAAGGUCCUGAAUUGCAUUAUAUCGACUACUUAGCUAAUGCGAAAUCGGUUAAAUAUGCUGGCCAAGGUUAUGGUGGCAUGUUCUGUGCCAGUAUUUUCGAUCGCUAUUAUCACGAAAACAUAACCCAGGAAGAGGCCUAUGAUGUACUCAAAAAGUGUGUUGUGGAAAUACAAAAACGUUUGGUCAUCAAUCUACCCAAAUUCAAUGUAGCCGUAGUGGAUAAAGAUGGCAUUAAAGAACUGCCCCAGAUAACUUCACAAAAUCUCUUGGAUUACAAACCCUAGACUAUGUUCAGCAUAAAACUUAAAUAUUAAAGCAUUCGAAAUGCAUGUGUUUCUUCGGUUCAAGAAAAAACUUUAAACAUUUUUGUAAAAAAAACUUGGUUUAGAAAAGAAAAACAAAGAAAUGCUUUUUAUUAUAGGA